AUGCCUCCGGUCGGCGCAGCGCUCUGGCGCAGUUUACGAGCCCAUCAAGUCUACGGAGCUAACACGGACGUGGGGAAGACAAUCAUCUCCACUGUGUUGUGUAAUGCCGUUCAACGCCAGAAACAGCAGGCCGCAUUCCUCAAGCCCGUGUCAACAGGGGCAUUGGAUGAUGCCGACGAUCGGCACUUGAAACGUUACGGUGCUGGGACGCUCACCAAAUGUCUCUAUCAAUUCGAUGACCCAGUCAGCCCGCAUUUGGCAGCAAAGGAUAAAUUCAAGAACACAAAGCUCAUCGCGCAGGUUCCGCAAGACGAUGAUCUCCUCGCCUCCAUACAUAACACGCUGUCCGGCUGGGCGCGGUCGGAAAUUGACUUCGCCCUUGUUGAGACUGCCGGGGGCGUGCAUUCCCCUGGCCCCAAUGGCAAUUCACAGGCAGAUUUGUAUCGACCACUACGUCUGCCAAUUGUGCUAGUGGCAGACUCUCGUCUAGGGGGAAUCUCUUCUUCGAUCUCUGCCUACGAGUCAUUGCUCCUCCGUGGCUAUGAUGUCUCAUCAGUUCUCUUGUUCCGAGAUGAGUACUACCAAAACCACGAAUAUCUGCGUGAUUACUUCCAGAAAAAGAGCAUUCCAUUGGUGUCGCUACCAGCACCUCCAGCCCGGCCAUCGCAGCUGGAUGCCGACUCCCAAUUAAGGGACGAGGAGGCCAUGUUCAGCUAUUACCAAAAAUCCGCAAAGGAAUCCGAGAUCCUCCGACUGCUUGAAGACAUGUCCGUCAACAAUACCGAGCGCAUCCAGCGUCUCGAAGAGAUGGCCGACCGCGCGAAAGAGCUGAUAUGGUACCCCUUUACCCAGCACCAAGGCAUGAAGGCCAAGGACAUUACCGUCAUCGACUCAGCGUAUGAUGACUACUUCCAAACAUUCGGCUCCAGCACAUCCAAAGAUACCCAAAGCGAACUGCGCCCGACAUUCGACGGAUCUGCGUCCUGGUGGACGCAAGGCUUGGGCCACGGUAACCCCGACUUGUCACUAUCUGCUGCCUAUGCUGCCGGUCGGUAUGGACAUGUCAUGUUCGCAGGGGCCGUCCAUGAGCCAGCACUGGCGCUUGCAGAUAAUCUGCUGAAAACCAUCGAAAAUCCGAGACUUACCAAGGUUUUCUACACAGACAAUGGAAGCACGGGGAUGGAAGUUGCUGUGAAGAUGGGUCUACGCGCUUCUUGCGACCGGUACGGCUGGGAUGCCAGCCAGGAGCAGAUUGGUAUUCUUGGACUCAAGGGUAGCUACCACGGUGAUACCAUUGGUGUGAUGGACUGCUCGGAGCCUUCAACUUACAAUAAGAAGGUUGAGUGGUACCGUGGUCGUGGCCACUGGUUCGAUUUCCCUCUUGUUAAGAUGGUUGGCGGAUCUUGGAAAGUUGAGAUCCCCGGUGAGCUGCAGGCAGAACUCGGCGAGGAUGUUGAUUUCGCUUCAUUGGGGUCGGUCUUUGAUCUCAGCGAGCGUCUUGAGUCUGCCGCUGCCCAGCGUUACAAGGACUACAUCCGUCGCACUAUUGAGGAUCUGGUCCAGCGCCAAGGAGUGAAGUUUGGAGCAUUGAUCUUGGAACCUGUCAUCCUCGGUGCGGGUGGAAUGCUUUUCUGUGAUCCCCUCUUCCAGAGAUGCCUGACUGAUGUGGUCCGCGACCACCCAGAGCUAUUCUCCACCAACGCUCCUGCUCCCAAACAAUCUCCGUCGUGGUCAGGCCUGCCAGUCAUCUUCGACGAAGUCUUCACUGGACUGUACCGUCUCGGUCGCCGGACAUCUGCAUCAUUCUUGGGUGUGCACCCCGACGUCGCCGUGAAUGCCAAACUCCUCACAGGUGGACUGGUACCGCUCUGCACAACUGUUGCCAGCGAGGAAAUUUUCGAUGCUUUCUCGAGCCCAGAAAAGAGCGAUGCCCUCCUCCAUGGCCACAGUUACACCGCCCAUGCAGUUGGAUGCACGGUCGCUGUGGACUCCUUGAAGAGCAUGGCUAAGCUUGAUACUGAUGGAUCGUGGGAUGCAUACCGCGCUGACUGGCGUAGCAGCUCGCCUGCUGCCGUUGAAGCUUCAACUCCUGAUGUGUGGAGUGUCUGGUCACAUGGUCUGCUUCAGGACUUGUCUUCCACGAACUCCGUGGAGAGCGUGUUUGCCAUUGGAACUGUGCUUAGUAUUUCACUCCGUGAUGCAGCUGGUGGAGGCUACACCUCCAAUGUCGCAAAGGGACUGCAGCAAAAGCUGGCUGUUGGCGGUGAUCAGUUCAACGUUCACUCGCGCGUCCUCGGCAAUGUUCUUUACCUGAUGUCCAGUGUCACUUCCAAACCCGAGUCGCUCCAGGAGAUGGAGCGUCUCCUCCGAUCGGCAUUGGUGUAG